CUUGCUGCUAAGCUUCCCAGGCAUUUUUUUUUAUUCCACACUCGACUUUUAGCAGAGAAGAGAAGGUUGAUCGAGAGAGAUGCCGGAAUACUGCGUCACUGGCGGUUCAGGCUUCAUUGCCGCGUACCUGAUUAAGGCCUUGCUCCGCCACGGUCACUCUGUCAGAACCACCGUCCGAAACCCUGAUGAUGUGGAGAAGUAUGGUUUUCUGUGGGAUCUGAGUGGCGCCAAAGAGAGACUCGGCAUCUUAAAAGCUAAUCUGUUAGAGGAAGGAAGCUUUCAUGAAGCUGUGAAAGGGGUCGAUGGUGUCUUCCAUACUGCUUCUCCCGUAUUUGUGCCCGACGAUGACAAUAUUCAGCAUCAAUACGCGCUGUUGAUAGUUUUAAAAACAUGUUUCAGACCAAUUUAUAUACUUUUUAAGACCACUUUAAUUGAUCCAGCCAUAAAGGGCACUGUGAAUGUGCUUAACUCGUGCAUAACAGGACAAGUGAAAAGGGUGGUCCUCACCUCUUCUUGCUCUUCCAUAAGAUAUCGUGAUGAUGUUCAACAGCAGGCGCUCUCUUCUCUUAACGAGUCACAUUGGAGCGAUCUAGAGUACUGCAAACGCUACAAUCUAUGGUAUGCAUAUUCAAAGACUAUGGCAGAGAAAGAAGCAUGGAGGAUAGCAAAAGAAAGUGGGUUGGAUCUGGUAGUGGUUAACCCAUCUUUUGUUGUUGGUCCUCUGCUUGCACCAAAGCCAACCAGUACACUUCUGGCCAUACUAAGCAUUGUCAAGGGAUUAAAAGGAGAAUAUCCAAACACAACAGUGGGAUUUGUGCAUAUAGAUGAUGUGAUAGCAGCUCAUUUGCUGGCUAUGGAGGAACCAAGAGCUUCUGGCUGCAGGCUCAUUUGUUCCAGCUCAGUAGCUCACUGGUCACACGUCAUGAAAAUGCUUCAGGCUCAAUAUCCUUCCUAUCCAUAUGAAAACAAGUGUGGCAGCCAGGAAGGAGAUAACAACCCACACAGCAUGGAUACCACUAAAAUUGCAGAGUUGGGGUUUCCUCCUUUUAAAACCCUUGAAGAAAUGUUUGGUGAUUGCAUCAAGAGUUUUCAGGAGAAGGGCUUUCUGUGACACUCAUAAUAUAUAAUAUUGUAUUAUGUCCUCAAAAUUGUAUUGCCUUUGAUAUUCUUGUGAGGAAUGUGCAUUGCGACAAGUAACAUAAACAAGUUAAUGAAGUACGACGGCUAGAUAUGAAAGAUUGAUCAAAA